GGUAUUCGUGCCAUGUUUGCGGAAGCUAGAUAGGAAAAGCUAGCUCAUAGCUUGUCACUUUCAUCCGACAAAAAAUAAAGUCUUCCUAAUUUAUAUUUUACAAUCCAAAAUGAAUCUUCCAAAGGGACCAGAUUCUCUUUGCUUUGAUAAGGAUGUCUUCAUGAAGGAUGACUUUGAUGUUGACCAGUUUGUGGCUGAGUGUCGGAAGCAGGUCCAGCUGGAGGAGAUGAGAGAAGAUCUGGAACUCUAUUACAAGUUACUGAAAACUGCCAUGGUAGAACUCAUCAACAAGGACUAUGCAGACUUUGUCAAUCUCUCCACCAACCUGGUGGGAAUGGACAAGGCCCUUAAUCAGCUAUCUGUGCCUUUAGGACAGUUAAGAGAGGAAGUCAUGAGUCUGCGGUCCUGUGUCAGUGAAGUAAUACAGGCCAUUGACAACGAGCUGUCCAAGCAGGAUGAUAUACAAAAGAAAAAGGAUUGUGUUUUGAGGUUGAUUCAAGUCGUUCGUUCAGUUGAGAAGAUUGAGAAAAUUCUCCACUCACAGAACUCCAAAGAAUCCAAUUCUCUGGAACUCAGCAGUCCCUUGUUAGCAGGUCAGAUUCUGGAGAGGAUCGCUACAGAAUUCAACCAACUUCAGUUCCAUGCAGUGCAAAGCAAAGGCAUGCCCCUUCUGGAUAAAGUCAGACCACGUAUUGCAGGGAUCACCUCGAUGCUGCAGCAGUCACUUGAGGGUCUGUUGAUUGAGGGUCUGCAGACGUCCAACGUGGACAUGGUGCGUCACUGCCUGAGGACGUAUGCUACCAUCGAUAAGACACGAGAUGCUGAAGCUCUGGUGGGACAGGUUCUUGUCAAACCGUACAUGGAUCAGGUGAUAAUAGAGGAGGCAGUGAAGUCCAGCCCAAAUGGUCUCCAGCUGAUGUACUCCAGACUCUUGGAGUUUGUUCCUCUUCACUGCAGACUGCUCAGAGAAGUGACUGGAGGAACAAUAUCCAGUGACAAAGCUGACACAGUGCCGGGUUACGAUUUCCUGGUGAACUCUGUGUGGCCAGAGAUGAUAAAAGGAAUAGAAGAAAGGCUGGCGUACAUCUUCAACCCUGGAAACCCUGAUAUUUUCUUUGAGCGGUACAGCGCAACGAUGGAGUUUGUGCGACGGUUUGAGAGGCAGUGCAGCUCUCAGGCCAGCGUGAAGAGGUUGAGGGUUCACCCAUCAUAUACCAGCUUCCACAACAAAUGGAACCUACCAGUUUACUUUCAGCUACGGUAUAAGGAAAUAGCAGGACGGCUGGAAAACUCCAUAAGUGAUGGAUUAGAGGCAGCUCCAGCUGGAAGCACAUACCAUCUGCAGGUGUCUGAAGUGUUGUGGUCUUGUUUGUUGAAGUGCUGGGCAGACAAAGUGUAUCUGCCCCCUUUGACCCAUCGCUUUUGGAAGCUCACACUCCAGCUGUUUUCACGAUAUGCCCGGUUUCUUGAUGAGGUGUUGACAAAGAGUCCUCCCGUUGAGGGGCCAAAGGAGCAGGCGAGGCCCCUGCCCAGCUCGGCUUCCUCGACGUCCAGCCGGACUUCCAUGGAUGAUGGUGGCAGUGAGAGCGGAAGCCCGGCUGUUCUGUCCACUAAACAGCUGGUUUACAUCGCCGCUGAUGUGCAGAAGCUGCAGGAGCAGAUCCCACAACUCUCUGAGAUGGUCAGGCAACGCCUAGAAGCCAUUGGAUUCAAGAACUUUAGUGUUGUGGAAGACGCUCUAGCGGACUCCAAGUCUUGCCUGUCGAGCAGCAUUCCCUCCCUGAACACCAGGAUGACGCAGCAUCUGACCGAACGCUGCUGCCGCUUCCUGAAAAGUGCCUCUGAGGUCCCACGUCUGUACCGCAGGACUAAUAAAGAUAUGCCGGUGCGUGCAUCCGCAUACAUGGACAACGCAUUGCGUCCCCUCCACCAGCUGUUGACCGACUCCACGGGGUUGGUCACCCCCGUUACGGCACAAGCAUGGCUGCGAGUGGUGUUGUCUGUCUGCACGCAGAAGUAUUAUGAGACAAUAUCAGAGGUGCUGAGCUCAGUAAGAAAGAUGGAGGAGAGCUUAAAGCGGUUGAAACAGGCCAGAAAGGGGGCAGCGGCAACUACAACGACAGGAGCAAACGGGGGACCCACAGAUGACACCAAGAUUCGACUUCAGCUGGCUCUCGAUGUGGAAUACUUGGGGGAACAGAUCCAAAAAAUGGGUUUUCAGCCAGAGGACAUCUCCAUGUUUUCCACUUUGAUGGAUCUUGUCAAAGAAGCCCGAGAACUUGCCGAACAGAACCAGUAAAAAUGUGAAUCCACAUUGACCAAAGCCUCCCACUCUGCUCCGGUAAAAUAGUUCCAGGAUCAUACAGGUGGAGAGUUCAAGAGCAGACACUACUGAAUCUUUAUGCAAACCUCAGAGACUCUGAAGAAACAAUUGAAGAUGAGAUGUGGAAUGUAAUGCGGGUUGGAGGAAUGCUUGGGACAAAAUGGGAUUCUGUUGUGUGGGGAAAAAUGCUUUUCUGUUGUGCUGUAAAUGUUCAGAUCUUUGUAAAGGGAGAGUGUUUUUGUCCCUCGCAUCGGCUACUUUAUUUUAUAAUAAAUGCUUAUUUGUUACAAAAA